UUGUUGAGUUGAACCACAAUCGACUCGGCCGCAUUGCAGACGGAGAGAGAGAGAGAGAGAGAGAGAGAGACGGAGGAACAAAAGCAAAUGGGAAAAUGCCAUUACCACGACUUCAACUGGUAACUACCAUUGCCACUAGUGAGCAAAAAAUUUAGCUCUGGAAGACUGAUUCUUCCUUCUGAGUCAAGCUCGCAGUCUCGACGCACAACUCAGAACUCUGUGGCUCCAUGAUCAGCUAGGCUGAGCCCAUCCAUCCACCUCAUUCUCUCUGCUUUUCCUUCUAAUGCAAACACACACUUUACUUUCUGAUUGACAUUUUUGUUCUUUCUUCGUUGUCGUUCGUCUUCUUUCGAGUUGCAGUAUGACGGUUUUGAACAUUAGUUUCUGGGCAUGUUCUUCCGUGUGAACUGAUUCUGGAGAAGGAGGCUUUGAUUCUCGUCAUUUCUAGGGUUUAAGUAAUGAUUCUGAUCGAAUGGAAGCUGAUACAUGGGCAAUUGACUCCGCUUCUGAUUGUUUCUACCCUGUUUCAGCUCUGCGCUUCUGAUGCUAUGUUUUCUGACAUGCAUUAUGUAAAUGCGGUUUCGCCUGAGAAAGAAGACCACAGAGCUCCUUGCCCCUCUGGUUGGGUUACCAGUCCAGAUAAAAGGAAAUGCUUUGGAUCCAUGAGAAGUCCCCAGCCAUGGGAUGAAUCAGAGGCCCACUGUAAAGGUUAUGGAGGGCACUUGGCUGCAGUGUCAUCAUUUCAAGAUCUAAGAUUUUCUCAAAACCUUUGCAGUGCCAAUGUUAAUGGCUGCUGGGUUGGAGGGAGAGGCAUCAAUUCAUCUACUGGUUUUGGUUGGAAAUGGUCUGAUAAUGCCUCAUUAUGGAAUGCAUCUAAUUUUCCUGUGGUGCCACUUCACUCCAAUUGCUCUGUUGCGUCUUGUCAGUCCAAUGUUUCAAUUGAUUUGUGUACAUUGCUGACUAAUGGAUCUCUCAUGGCUGAGAGAUGCAACUUGUCUCAUGCUUUUAUCUGCAUGCUUGAUAUAGAGAACAAAUGUUUCCACAUGCACUGCCACAGGGAGUAUCUUAUUAUCCUUGCAGUAGUUAGUGGUUUGAUCCUCUGCACAACAUCAGCUGUUGUCAUUUGGCUCCUAGCAUACAGGCGAAGCAAGAGGCGCAGAAGGUCUCGCAAACUAUCCAACCCGGCAGCAUCUGCAUUAGUUCCGCCGUCAUGGAAGGUCUUCAACAAAGAGGAACUGAGGUUAAUUACAAAGAAUUUUAGUGAAGGAAAUCGUCUUCUUGGAGAUGCCAAAACGGGUGGCACAUAUAGUGGGCUUCUACCUGAUGGAUCAAGAGUGGCGGUUAAGAGGCUGAAGAGGUCUAGUUUUCAGAGGAAAAAGGAGUUCUAUUCUGAGAUUGGAAGGGUUGCCAGGCUUCAUCAUCCAAAUUUGGUGGCUGUAAAAGGAUGUUGCUAUGAUCAUGGUGACCGGUACAUUGUUUAUGAGUUUGUAGUUAACGGGCCAUUGGAUAGGUGGCUACACCACAUACCAAGCGUGGGUAGGAGCUUGGACUGGGCCAUGAGAAUGAAAAUUGCCACGACUCUUGCUCAAGGGAUUGCGUUUCUGCAUGACAAGGUGAAGCCACAUGUCGUGCAUCGAGAUAUCCGUGCAAGUAACGUAUUGCUUGACGAAGAGUUUGGAGCACAUCUAAUGGGAGUUGGCCUCUCAAAGUUUGUUCCAUGGGAAGUGAUGCAUGAGAGGACAGUGAUGGCUGGGGGAACAUAUGGAUACCUUGCUCCUGAAUUCGUAUAUAGGAAUGAACUUACAACGAAGAGUGAUGUUUACAGCUUUGGCGUGCUGCUGCUGGAAAUUGUUAGUGGGCGCAGGCCUGCACAGGCAGUUGAUUCAGUGGGCUGGCAGAGUCUAUUCGAAUGGGCAACACCUCUCGUGCAGUCUCACCGCUACCUUGAGCUUUUGGAUCCCUUCAUAACAUCAUCCUCUCUUAACAUUCCAGAGGCAGGUGUUAUUCAGAAAGUUGUGGACCUUGUAUAUGCUUGUACACAGCAUGUCCCAUCCAUGCGUCCCAGGAUGUCACACGUGGUGCAUCAGCUGCAACAGUUGUCACAACAUUCCAUUGUGAAGUAAGUAAAAUCAAUCGUGAGAGUAGAUAAAAUCAAUCGCGAGUCAUGGGCUUUCUAGUUCUGCCCAGAAGAUCUGUUCAUUUCAAUACAUUUUUCAUGGUUAUUCAGAUCAGGGCUGUAAGUUAAUGGCAGAAUCUUCAGGAAGGAGAUUUCUGGCUUCCUAGUUUCAAGCUUGACAUAGUUGUAAGAGUAGGUUUUGUGUUCUAACUUGGCACACCUCCACCGCAUUGUCACCACUAAUUCAGUAUCGAUGUAUUCAAGAAUUGUGCUGUUUGUAGAAAUUACCACUCGAGUUGUGCUUUUCGUUGAUCUACUUGCACAAAUGAAAAUAGUUGCUUUUGAAA